AUGGCAGGAGGGGCGAACCUCCAUGGGACGGAUCGCCACCAAGGAGAUGGAGCUCCUUCUCCAUCCAAUUUGGCCAUCUCCGGCCGCCUCCUCCAGAUCCUCGCCGACCACGGGCCCCUCACCGUCGGCAACACCUGGAACCAUGCCAAGACACCUGGUGGUGAGGUCACCCAUCCUCGAGGAGCAGAAGGAGGGACGCAUCUAGCUGGCCAUCAAGGGCCUGCUCUGCUCCUCUUCUUCCUUGACCAUCGGUACCACCACGUUCUCGGGCUUCCAAGGCGCGCCAGCACACCGCCGCCAUGCCUCCUCUUCUCUCCGGGCUCGGACCAAUCGCUCGACCCUUCAGAUGAGUCCGUCAAUGAAGCGACAGCGUCUCCUCUAGAGGGUGACGGUGGUGGUGGCGCCUGUGUGCGGCUUCGACUACAACCUCCUCUCCGGCUGGCUAAUGAGCUUUAG